AUGAGUUCCUUGCUGUUACAGUGCAAAUAAAGCGAGAUAACGGGCCGUGGACAGCGGACUAAAACUUUUUAUUCUGACAUGUCAGAGCAAUGACUUCUGUGUAAAUAUAAACCUGGGACACGGAUCCCAGCGAAGGAAUAGGGUCUGAGCUGGAAGAAGUGAGAGAAGCGCUGAUUUUUUGGGGUGUGGAAAACCGGACGCCGCAUUCACAGUAGACUCUGAACAAGUUUGCCUUUUCCAAAAGCAACAGUGGAAGAGUAAAAGUUACAGUAACAACAUGAGCUUGUUGUCUGCUAUAGACACCAGUACCUCAGUGUACCAGCCUGCACAGCUUCUAAACUGGGUUUACCUUUCUUUACAAGACACGCAUCAGACGAGUGCCUUCGAUGCCUUCCGACCCGAGCCCAACUCUUCCCAUCCGGACCUGAACUACAGCAAAACUCCUGCCAAUGACCUGAGCUCCUCUCUCAACUCCAACUAUCUCAACAACUUCUUUCAGCUGCAGAGAAAUGAGGCCCUGAAUAAUGGUUUAUACAAAAGCGUGUCCCCGUACGGCUCUCUUAACAACAUAGUGGAUGGGCUGAACUCUCUAACGGACCACUUCUCCGACCUCUCCCUGUCCUCUGAGCCACGCAAGCCCAGCAAGAGACCUCCACCAAACUACCUGUGCCAUCUCUGCUUCAACAAGGGACACUAUAUCAAAGACUGCCCUCAGGCAAGACCCAAAGGCGAAGGACUGACUCCAUACCAAGGCAAGAAGAGGUGCUUUGGUGAAUACAAGUGCCCUAAGUGCAAGAGGAAGUGGAUGAGUGGGAACUCCUGGGCCAACAUGGGACAGGAAUGCAUCAAAUGCCAUAUCAAUGUUUAUCCUCAUAAACAGCGUCCUUUAGAGAAACCCGAUGGCCUGGACGUUUCCGACCAGAGUAAGGAGCACCCGCAACAUCUGUGCGAGAAAUGCAAAGUCCUGGGCUACUACUGCCGCCGUGUGCAAUAAGGAGGAUCCCGAGGUCGUCUCCCCCCUUUCCCAUCACUUCACCUACCAAGUGCUCCAAGAAAAAGUGAAAAGUGCCAAAAUAUUCAUGUAAAUAUCUCUAACGCUAGUAAUGGCUUUGUGUAUCAGCAGCAUGCGACGCAUUUAUUGUGUAUAAUGGACAAUUGAAUAUGUUUGGAACAGUAUUGCUAUCCGUACGGGAUGCAGUGGAUUACCUCACCAUUGCGUCCCCUGAUUGUGUGUUUACAGACUCUCCCUUCAUUCUCCCUACCAAGUGAACUAUGAGAAUGUGCCAAGCACUAAAGGUGUUGCGUUAGUCAAACAAGGGCCCAGUGUGCCUUUGCAGAGUUUUUGGGUCAAUAGCACAUCAUGUUAACUGUGAAUUAACAGAGGGAUAAUGGAUUUUCCAUCCCUAGCUUUUGUGUCACAUAUUUAUUUAUGUUUGUAUAUCGUAUCGUAGUGCAAUUGAAUUAACUAAACUGGGAUAAUUUCAUCUGUGUUUAUAUCUGGACAGGUAUCGUCUAACCCCACCUCUUGCCAUUAGAAACUACUGUAGAAUAGAACUUUUUAAUGCUUUGGUUUAGCGCGUCAGGUAGUUAAAUCGCUCACAUACAUUUAUGAAUUGCCAAAUGCGAGAUAUUUUUGUCAGGUUGGCUAAAAGCAGCCCUGGAGGCGCCCAGAACAUUUGAAUCGAGUUGUUGGCAACUAUGCAAAACCAUUGCAGCUUAUGCAGAGUCAUCAGUUCCUUUACAUUGUCGCAAAGUCGAAUGAAUUGUGCGGAUGAUCGAAAGCCACGACUUGCUGAUCAUCACUGUCCUUUGAAAUGUGAUCACGUAUGUCGUCAAUUGUUGCCAGAGAACUGCUUCAAACGUCUUAUAAAGUGUUUUGGUACAGGGGUCAAAAUGUGAGCUUUUCAGUCCAUGUGCAAGCAUUCAAAAACAUAACGCCUGUUCUUCACUGAGAUAUUUGCCUCAGGAUAAAGAGUGUGUUUGAAUGACACAUCUCAGAUGAAAUAGUGUGCAUGUGUCCUAAAUGAACACUGCUCAGUCAUUUUUAAAUUCAAAAUUAUUCAUUCUUUCACUCUUAAAACUAAAGGUUCCAUAAUGGGGUUUGCAUAGCAGUGCCAUAGAAGAACCAUUUUGGGGAAACUUUCAGUGAACAGUUCUAAAAAGAACCAUUUUUUUUUUUUUCAGCAUGAAGAACAUUUGAAUAAUCUGAAGAACCUUUUGUGCAGUAAAAAGGGUCCAUGGAUGUUAAAAGGUUCUUCAUUGAACCAUUGUUGCAAAAAGAACCUUUAUUUUUAAGAAUGUUGAAUUUGACCCUUGCACUAAAAUGUUUCAUUCAAGAAAUUUUCCGCUGUUUACACAAUCAUUCUGAUCAUAUUUCAGAAUGAAAUCCUUAAUUUUAAAUGUCUUUUUAUGCGUAACCCCAUAUGUGUAUGUUUAUACAUUAGCUGCAAACAUAACUGAUGAAUUACACCCUGUUUAAACUGUGAUUUUUGGGAAGCAUUUUCUAUCUGAGUGGACAUAAAUAUUAGUUGUAAAGGGAAAAGAAGGACAAAGUAAGUAAUGCUGAAGAGUUUUUUUGAGAUGUAAUGAGACAACAAUUUGGGUACAUUUGAUUGGUCAGAAGACGUUUUGGACAGAGACGUAUUACUGAGAGGAUUAUGAUAGGAGCAUGUUAAUAUUUGAAUGGAAGUAAGUUUGUACAGGAUCUCAUCUAUGUGCCGUUACCUCUUGUUAUGGCUCACACAAAGUACUAAUCGAUCAUAUUUGAGUGUGACCCAGAAUUAUUGAACAAUAAAUGUAGCUUUACGUGUUCCAGUGGGAAGUCGUAGAUGGAUAUUGUGAGAACUGACAUUGCGUUGUUAAUCCUAGAUGUACAUAUGAAGUUAAACGCAUUUAUAUGGUAAAUACAAUGUGUAUAAUUGUUUACUUAUCUUUGGAGUCCACAUAUUUUGUUGAAUAUUAGUUGUUUCAUUUAUUGGAAUAAACUCAGAUUGAUAUAAAUCUUCUCUGAAGGGAACAUCUAGUGCCUUAACACAGUUUGGUUUUGGAAAAAUCAGGAUUUUUGCUAGGGGAUGUCAUGUAUGAUGCUGAGGUAUAAAAGAGCUGAUUAGAUGUCUGAAAAUGUAAACCAGCUAAUUCUACUUUAGUAAAGAAAAAAUGGAUUUGAUUUUCUGAUGGGAAAUUCAAGGAGUAAAAACUGCCAGGCAGUCAAUCAUUAGAUCACUCUUAAAUUAAAAAACAAGGCUGUUUCUGUAAGUCGCUACUUUCUUCUUUGGACGUCAUUAUUGUUUCUGAGACCCUUUAUUUCUUGGUAACGGUGUUGCUAAUGGCUUCACUGUGCGUACAUUCUUACACGCCAAGGUUUACUUCAGACCUCAUUUAAGCUGGAAUGAGAUAUAUACUCUGCUUUUUGAUAAACACCGUAAUGAAUGGCGUAAUGAAAAUAACCAGUGUAAUAAACGAUUACUGUGGAUUCAUCAUAAUCAUUGCUGAUCACCCAUAGCUGGUAGUCUACACAUAAUGAUUUCCUUGCAGUUUUGGGAUCAAUUCAAUUUAUUGUCAGUUUUGUAUGCCUGAAAUGAAUGCACCACUAGAUCAAGGCCUCAUUAUUAUUAAAUUUGCUUCACUAUUGCAAAAUUGCAUUGCACUAUAUGCAUGACUAAAAAGAUAAUAGCCCUGAGUUUUGCGGAUUUGUAUAAAUGAGUUUCCCCUGUUGGUUUUUGUUAUAUUGAACGAAAGACAGAGCUUGUGGUAUUGACAGUGUCCAUGCAUUUAAAACUAUACAAAGUGCUUUUUUGCGCAUGUGUUUUUGUCUUGAAAUACAUAUACUUGACUUUUAUAGCUCACUUUCAGUAUAAACGUGUUAUUUUCUAUUAAAGGUAUGUGUAUUUUGGAAACAAUAUAGAUAAUGAAGAUUUUGGAGCAAUUUGAUAUCCAGACAAGAUUUUUUUUUUUCCCUUACAAAGAUACUAGUAUGUUUUUUAUGUAUAUAUUCGAUUGCCAUCAUCAAGUUAGCUAUUUCAAAAUGUUAUGAUGCAAUAUUAAAACUUUGUAUGUGAAAAAGGGCAAAAUGCUGAGAUGCAAAAGAUCUGGGAGGUUUUUUUUUUUCUUUUGAUGUUUUACAAUAAUCUUUGGUUAUAUCCUACAGAAAUAUUUAUGGAAGGAUUUUGUUCUUUUUUUUAACAAUUCAAUUUUUUUGUAUAAAAUAUGCAACAGAAGCUACUCUAUGAAGAAAAUAUUGAUGACUACAUAGAAUAUUAUUCAAAGGUUGGUACAUAAUUAUUAUGCCCUUACAAGCCAUUUUAUUUGUGUUUUGUUAUUCUAGAUGUUAUUGGUAUAUAGUAACCUUACCUGUUACCUUUGUUUCGAAUUGUUGUGUGUCUGUUAUAUAUAUAGCAUGAAUGUUUUGAUUUGCAUUUAUAGGAAAACUAUAACACUCGCUUUAACAUCACCGCAUCUGUUUUUAACAUAACAGAGACUGACUCACACACUGUAAGUCGUAGGGCCUUUUUACUGAGGUGUUUUAUAGAUGCAAAACAGUGGCAAAAAGACGUGACUAACUGAGUCAUUGACCAUAACACUGAAUUGCACGUACAAACCUUUUACAUGGUCAAAAUGUGUUAGUGAAUCAGGUCCAUACUGUAUGAAACUGUGAGCUCUAGUUAGCCGUCUCCAGUUACUGCCAAGUCCAGGAAUGAUGUCGAAAUGUUUUCUUCACAUGAAAAGAAAAAAAAAAAAAAAAAAUCAAAGGCUAUUUUUUAAACAAGUGUGUGGGACUGAAGUUUGCAUGUGCAUGUUUUUUAAACGAUUCAAGAAAUAUAAUUUGUGCAAUGUAUUCUUAUUUAAUAUUAAUGUUAUACAUGAUUAAUUCUUGCCAAGAUAUCUUUUGUAGAAUACACCUCUCUUGUUAGUCAUUAAUAAAUGCCUCUGUUCACUCCUAGGAUUUCCAGUACCAUUAAUAGAUUUACUGAAUGUACUGAUUUAACACUCACGUUUGUAAUGUCUGUAAAAUAUUUGUCAUCAUAUUGGAGUGGACCGAGCAACAGAAAGCGUUGAUGAUGGAAUGUACUAGAAUGUGAGACAAGAUGAAAUCUGUAGCUCAGUGUCCAUGAAACGGCAUUCCGAUAUGUGCCUUAUUUGUUAGUUAGGAAAACUGAAGACUGUGCUUUUAGAAGUUUAUUCAAUUAAAACAUUGACUAAAUGAA